AUGUUGAAAAGGUUUAGGGAGCUUGGCUCCUCCUCCAAAAAGAAGGAAGAACAGAAACAGAAAGAGAAAGAUAAAUAUUACCGGAGCCACGAAAUUGAAGUUUUCGAGAAUAAUGUCAGGUAUACAGAGCUUGGCAAAAUGACAGUUGGCAUUGGAGUUUUCCAAGGAUCAGGCAUCGCCCCGUUGCCGUAUGAGAUUGCCUUUGCGAGAUUUCUGGUUCCCGGCAAAGAAUACGCGGCCAAUGUUGCGACUAGCUAUAGUUUUGGGCUUUUUAAAAGCGUCAUGCAAGAGAAAAUCAAUGAAAUCAUAACCGGACGACCUCUGAAUAUGGAGUAUGGCACCUUUGAGUAUGUUACUAGGGAUGGCUUGGACCAGAGACCGGUCUAUGACCAAGUCUCCUUUGAGGUUGCUAUCAAUCAUCUCUUCCACAAGCGUGAUGAAGAUGAGAUAUUGCCAUUCACGUUCAAAGCCGAGACUGAAAAGGCGGAGAGAAUGCGUCUCCAAGCCAUCGAGAAGGCAGAGUUCGAUUCGGCGGCUGUCGAAGCAGAGUCCGGUAGUCCGAAAGGUCUUGGACUAGACCUGGAAGACCACCUUUCUGACAACCAGCUAAGUCUUUCGCCUCUGCAACUCGGCUCAUUUGGCACACAUUUUGCGACCGAUCCAGAUCCAAAUCAACGACGACCCCUGAGCUCGCAGAGCACAGCUCUAUCUGUGCCUACUUCACCGCGCUCCCCUCAAAGCCCUGUGAACAAAAAGUCUGGCGAAGACCGCCCGAGAUCCAGGCUCAGUGAUACUCUGAUUGUGGUCGGAGGGCGAGAAACGCCGGCGGAGAGACGUGAGCGGUUGAAGUCUCUUUGGGAAGAGGAGGAGAGGAUUGUCUUCAAGAAAGGUGGAGAGAAAGAGGUGGAAGAUGAUAGUAUCAGUGUGAUUGCUGCUAUUGAGAAGGAUGAUGAUGAGGAUGAAGCUGAAGUCGAAGAGGCAGACGACGAUGUCUCCCAAGAAGACAGAGCGAUCACGAAGCUUCAAGGAUUGCUUAGUCUGCCAGAGCUAGCUCAGCUUCAAGACCCAGAACAUCCAGAAGACAACCUGUUUCGCUGGCAUGAGUGUUGUGAGCUGUUUGGCAUUGAUCCGAAAAGGACGGGAAUUGAGGAGCUUGUUACUAUUGCCGGCUUGAAGACUCGGAUUUACCAAUAUCAAGCGUUUGGGAUUUACUGGCAAAUGAUUACGUCUAGACAGGUCGGGGGUGGUUUCGUGACCGAUGACAUGGGACUCGGAAAGACUCUCUCUUUUAUCGCCUACAUGGUUGUCGAGAGACAGCUAUCAUGUCUAUGGCAGCAGGUCCAGAAAUCAAGACAGCUAAAGAACGGGCAGCAUCUUCCAGAAGAUGAAAAAAGCGCAGCCCCUUGUCCUUCAGGAUCAAAAGCUGGCUGGAUCACUUGCCCAUGUAGUCGUUCGAGUUUGACGUCGCGACUACGGCCUAAGUCUGGUCUGCGCCUCGCUUGUGUCCCUAGCGCGCUCGUACGCUCGUGGUGGGAGCAAUGGAAGACACAUGUCGAUACCGGUGUGGCGGAGCUUGCGUUGAACAUCAUUGUUGACCAUAAAGGGGCAUUUGACAACAACACCUCUUCUGAGGACUUGCUCAGUAAAAGCGAUAGUGGGAGAUCGCGGACCAGACCCACGGCAGAUAGGUUCAAGGGCAGAGGUGGUCAAGGAGAUGACACCGCGAAGCCUUACCAAGACGGGUGGUUGGUACUGACUACCAAAGAGAACUUCCCAACUUGGGUCAAGAACUUUCAGUAUGAUGGCAUGGUCAAAGCUGAUGGAGCUGGCAACUGGAAGAAAGGCAAAAGAGUUAACCUUGUGUUCGGAAUCGCCAUGAUUGAUGAAUGCCAUGAAGAUCUUACCCGGAACACCGCUCGGAACAAGAUUCUUCUUGAUCUUCCACCGGCCAACAGUCCUUUUGUUUGGGGAUACUCUGGAACACCGAUUUCACAAUCUCCUAGAGGCUUAGAGGGUGUGCUCUGGGCGAUCGAGAGGCACACGCAGAGCCAUGGGGCGAAACAUUCCAAUUACCCUCAGUUUUCAUGGGCAAGACUUAACCAGAUUAGCCUGGACUUCAACAACCAGAAAGAUCUCAAAAAAAUAAGCAACGACGGGAUCGACAGAGUCCUGGAAGAAUUCAAGCCUUUCUUGCGAACAUUUGUGCUGAGAAGAGAUCAAAAUACGAAGUGGUUCGGUCAUCCACUCAUCAAACUCAAGCCGCAUAUCCAUCAAGACAUAAGAGUCAAGCAAAAGAACCCACUGUUCACUCCCCAGGAGAUCGAAGCUUUUGAGGCCAGCUAUCAAGCUGAGAAGGAUGAGCUGCUCGCCAAGCUGCAGGAGAAGUUCGACAAUGAGCCCGACGCAAGGCGCUCUAAUACUCGACCUACACAACUAGCAUUCAACACACUAUGUGCAAAGUCAUGGAGAUCGAGUCUCUUAGCAACCUUUCCCUUCCUCUUGAACGUCGCUACUUCAGGCCCCGAUACCAAGAUGUCCUUGACUGACCAAGAAGCCUUGUUCCUGAGGGGAUCCGACAACAAAGAAAAAGACAACGGAUACUUCAGAAACCUCGUAAGCAUCGCUGAACACAGUCCAAAAGCCUUGUGGCUAUACGAGUUUAUCCACAGCCUUGAGGGUAAGAAAGAUGUCAACGGGGAAGAAGAAAAACUCCUCAUCAUCACGCAGUUCCCUCAAAUAGCAUUUAUCUUGAAAUUGUUCAUCAGAGCCUACUUCCUCGAAAAAAAAGACCGCGUCGGUCUCGUAACCGGCCGCAUGACGCUGAAAGAGAAAUCCGAAACCAUCAACGCCUUCACCGGCAAAGAGAAAACCGCCUCGAAGCGCGACGUGCAGAUCCUAAUCGGCACCACGCGGCUCCUAGGCGUCGGCCUCCAGCUCACGCGCGCUUCCAAUAUCGUGUUGAUGGAACCGGAUCACCAUUUCGUGCGUGAGUUACAGGGAUAUGCGCGCGUUCAUCGGAUCGGACAGCGGAAUCCGCUCUCGUAUUCUUAUCGCUUGAUCGAUGAGUCGAGCGAGAUUGAGGGCAUGGUUUUGAGGAGGCAGGCGGAUCGGAAGGAGUUUCCGGGGACGAGGAUUGGGGCCGAGGAGGUGCAGAGGGUGGUGCCGGCUGUGGGGGAGGGGGAGGGGCAUGCUGGGCCCUCGGGGACUUGA